AUGAAAACUGAUCUUGAAUUCCAAACCAGCAGAAAUGGCGGCGUCGGCCAAGAUCCAACGGAGGAAGAAGACCAGCAACCCCAACAAGUGGUGGCGGCGGCGGGAGAACCACCAACCGAUCUCGAUUCGAUUCCAGACGGCAUCCUCGAAGAGAUCUUCACACGGGUACCGGCGAAAACAGUGUUCUGCUGCAUGGCCGUCAACACAAAAUGGCUGUCAAUCUUGGACAACAGAACAUUCUUCAAGAGGCACCACUCUCUCUCAUCGGCCCGACCGCUCGUGGUUUUCAGCGACCCGUCGGGCCGAAGAUCGAACCGGGUUCUCCACCUCUACGAGGGCCGGGAUCUACCCGAUUACCGACCCAUGCCGGCCCGUAGCCUCGGCACCCGAAUCGACUUUCCAGAUACGGCGAGAGGCCGGUGCACGUUCCUUCACGGCGUGAAUUCUUUCGUCACCUCGUGUAAGGGUUUGGUCUGCUGGGCGACUCACCGUGGGGCGGGCGACGUCGUCCUUUCGAACCCGAUCACGGGCGAGUACGUGUUGGCCAAUGCCCACGCGCGUGGGAUGAACAGCCUCAGAGAGCUGGCUUCGGUUUUCGUGGGCGUCGGGUAUAGCCGCGAGACGAAGACUUUCGAGCUCUUGAAAAUGAUUCUCGCGUUGGAAGACGACCCCGUCGACUACUCCAUGGUUUGGUAUCCGGAGCUCCUCGCUCUGGGUGGCAACUCAUGGAGGCCCGCCGGUGAGGCUCUACAAUUCGAUUUUUCUCGGAUGAUUUACAAUUUGGUCAACGUUGACGACGGAACCAUAUACUGGAGGUACAAAGACGAUUCCUCGAUUUGCACCUUCGAUUUCGACCGGACCCUCUUCCGUGUCGUGGACCUACCCGACUUCGAGGGUCCGGUUCUCAAAACAGUUAGUUUGGGAGUGUUGGACGACACUCUAUGCGCGUCGUUCGCUUCUCCUGACGGUACCUAUCUGGAGUUGUGGUCGGCUAAGACGAUUGACAACUGUGGGGCCCGUGGUGUAGAGACGGCUUGGAAGAUGCUUCACCGUAUAAGUAUCAAUACUUCGACGGCUGUGCUUGAAAAUAACGGUAGGGUUUGGAAUAGGGGUGCGUAUCGACCGGUAAUGCAUGUGGAAAACAAUAAGAUACUGAUGCAUGAUCGGAGGACCAAUUUCCGUUUGUACGAUGUCGUGACGGGGAGCGAGACUGUGUUCCCUCUUCUGGAGGACAUAAACGAUAAUGACGAGGAUGCUGACGAUGAUGAUGAUGAUGGGCAUCCGGUCGCCGUGCAAGUGGUUUCUCUUGUACCCAACAUUAUUUGCCUGCAGGAGACGUUGAACAUACAGGAAGGCAACAUUAGGGUUUUGCGCACCGAAUCGAGGUAA